AAAAAUAUACUCUUAAUUUUUAUUAGUCUCUAAUGGAGCAAGUGAAACGCAAAGCCCUAAUGUGAAAACCUCACCUUUGCGGUUCUCCCAGCACAACUCCCGGGAAAUGAGUAGUUUCAGGAGAGCUCUCAGAUCCAAAUUAUCUCUGUUUUCUUCAAUUUCUACUUCCAUUUCUCAUCCUAUAGCUACUACUCGACCCCUUUCAUCUCUUCUCCCUUAUAGUCAAAAUGCUUCAUUCUGCUCUCGUCCCCGCCAAAACAAUAAAGAAGGAUCAACUAUAGAUUUGAAUCAGUACCCUUCUGAUAACAUUCGAAACUUUUCUAUUAUUGCUCAUGUUGAUCAUGGAAAAUCCACCUUAGCUGACCGCCUUCUGGAACUUACUGGAACCAUUAGGAAAGGACAUGGUCAGCCUCAGUACUUGGAUAAAUUGCAGGUAGAGAGGGAACGGGGUAUAACUGUUAAAGCCCAAACAGCAACUAUGUUCCAUCGUCACAAGUUCCUUGGCAGUGACACAAAUUUUUUGUUAAACCUUAUUGACACACCUGGGCAUGUGGAUUUCAGUUAUGAAGUGUCCAGAUCUUUGGCAGCUUGUCAAGGUGCCCUUUUGGUUGUAGAUGCAGCCCAAGGUGUCCAGGCACAGACUGUUGCUAAUUUUUACCUCGCGUUUGAAUCAAACCUGGCCAUAAUUCCUGUCAUAAACAAAAUUGAUCAGCCCACUGCUGAUCCAGAUCGGGUAAAAGCACAGCUCAAAUCCAUGUUUGACCUUGAUCCUAGCGAUGCACUAUUGACGUCAGCAAAAACUGGUCAUGGGCUAGAGCAGGUUCUACCUGCUGUGAUAGACCGAAUUCCUCCACCCCCUGGUAGAAGUACUUCACCUCUUCGAAUGCUUUUGCUGGAUUCAUAUUAUGACGAGUACAAAGGAGUUAUCUGCCAUGUGGCUAUUGUUGAUGGUGCUCUGCACAAGGGUGACAAGAUUUGCUCUGCUGCGACCGGCCAAAGUUAUGAAGUUUCCGAUGUUGGUAUCAUGCACCCAGAACUUGUGACAACAGGAAUCCUUUUAGCAGGUCAAGUUGGAUACAUAGUCAGCGGAAUGCGUUCAACAAAAGAGGCUCGUGUUGGAGACACUCUACAUCAUACACGAACAGUUAUACAUCCCCUUCCAGGUUUCAAGCCAGCAAAACAUAUGGUCUUUUCUGGCCUAUAUCCAGCUGAUGGAUCUGAUUUUGAAGCACUUAACCAUGCCAUAGAGAGAUUGACGUGUAAUGAUGCCAGUGUCUCUGUAACCAAAGAAAGCAGCACAGCUCUAGGUCUGGGUUUCAGAUGUGGUUUCUUGGGCUUACUUCACAUGGAUGUUUUUCAUCAGCGGCUUGAACAGGAACAUGGAGCACAUGUCAUUUCCACUGUUCCCACAGUGCCAUAUAUAUUUGAGUACUCAAAUGGAAGCAAAUUACAGGUUCAGAAUCCUGCUGCUUUGCCUUCAAACCCCAAAUAUCAACUUGUGGCCUGUCGGGAACCUACUGUGAUAGCUACUAUUAUAAUCCCUAGUGAUUAUGUGGGGCCUGUUAUCACUUUAUGCGCUGAGCGUCGCGGAGAGCAACUGGAGUACUCAUUCAUUGAUAGCCAGCGGGCUUUCAUGAAGUAUCGCAUGCCUCUGAGGGAAAUUGUUGUGGACUUCUACAAUGAAUUGAAGAGUAUAACAUCAGGAUAUGCUUCCUUUGAUUAUGAGGACUCGGAAUAUCAGGCGUCGGAUUUGGUGAAGCUAGAUAUUCUCCUCAAUGGCCAACCAGUUGAUGCCAUGGCAACCAUUGUACACAAAUCAAAAGCUCUGCGUGUUGGCCGCGAACUUGUGGAGAAGCUUAAAAAGUUUAUAGACAGGCAGAUGUUCGAAAUUAUCAUACAAGCUGCUAUUGGAUCUAAGGUCAUCGCCAGGGAGACGCUUUCUGCUAUGAGAAAAAAUGUUCUGGCAAAGUGUUAUGGUGGUGAUGUUACAAGAAAGAGGAAGUUGUUGGAGAAGCAGAAAGAAGGGAAGAAGCGAAUGAAGCGAGUGGGAUCCGUCGAUAUACCCCAAGAGGCAUUCCACGAGUUACUCAAGGUCUCAUGAAGACCAUCAUAAAUGCCUUCAAGAUUUCUAGGUACAAAAGGUGAAUGAAGGAAUUCACUUCCUAGUUAAUAAGUGUAUUUGUUUUUCUCUUUUAGGGGCAGGUUCUUGAAAAGUGAAUUUUGAUAGAAGUUUUAGCAGACAGGAGAGACGCCGAUGAAUAGAAAAUGUGAACAUUUUUUGUGAGAAAGUUGUAUCACAGGAUUUAAACUCUCAUCUAAUGAAAGAUUAGUUGGGAGUUGUAAUUA